ACGGCCGGAUUUUUCACCCGUUUGAUCAACACGUGUCAUGACCUCGAAGGUCCGUUUCUCGACUACCUAGCCAAUCAAGUCGGUAAAACCCGUUUGGGGGCGUGGGUCCCACUUCCCCCGGCUCGAUACCGGACGAUCAUACAGAUCUCCUCACUCGCUCACUCACUCACAAAUCCUUUGAAAUCCGUAACAUCAAUCGGCGUCGCUCCCAGAAUCUUGAACCCUAAUAAUAAUCACAGCAAAGCAAACGAUUCGAUCGGCCGCUUCACCAUGUCGGAGACGGCCGAGUUCCUCGCCGUCGUCCCCGGGUGGGACCGGGAUAAACUCGACCUCUGCAUGGAGGUCUGCCUUUACAUCGCCAGCCUCGGCGACCGCGCCACCCUCGUCAUCCCCUCCUACCUGUCCUCCGCCAUCCCUUCCUCGUUCCCCUCCAACCCCCUCGUCGCCGUCGCCCAGAUCGGCAGCUCCUCUGCCCGCCGCAUGUCCUUAAUCCUCUGGUUCAAAUUCAGAUGGGACCUCGCGCGCUACCUGGAGGAACGGAGGAUGGCCGCCGGCGGCGAGCUGCCCCGCAAGCUAUACGCGGUCGUGGUUACCGGCGAGGAAUCGAUCAGGGAGAUGUUCCGGAAUUUCAAUGUCACGGUGAACCCCGUGCCCCUCGCGCUUCUCGAGAUCGUACGCAGGUGGAAGUUGCCCGUUGGCUCCGAUCUGUCGGAGACGUUCGAGUUCCUCGUCGUCGUCCCCGGGUGGGACCCAGAUAAACUCCACCUCUGCAUGGAGGUCUGCCUUUACAUCGCCAGCCGCGGCGACCGCGCCACCCUCGUCAUCCCCUCCUACCUGUCCUCCGCCAUCCCUCCCUCGUUCCCCUCCAACCCCCGCGUCGCCGUCGCCCAGAUCGGCAGCUCCUCUGCCCACCGCAUGCUCUUAAUCCUCUGGUUCAAAUUCAGAUGGGACCUCGCGGUCUACCUGGAGGAACGGAGGAUGGCCGCCGGCGGCGAGCUGCCCCGCAAGCUAUACGCGGUCGUGGUUCCCGGCGCGGAAUCGACCAGGGACCUGUUCCGGAAUUUCAAUGUCACGGUGGACCCCUCGCCCCUCGCGCGUGUCGAGUUUGAACGCAUGCGGAAGGUGCGGGCGAGCGACGUCCGGCCCGGCGAAUCUCGCUUGCCUGCUGGGCUACCCGAAGAAAUGGCCAUCGUUCGCUCCGAUCUUAAGAUGAAGCCCUUCGGGCCUCCUCGAGGUGGCCCACCCGGUCCUGACCCGAGGCCGGGAGGCGGCGGAGGCGGGCCGCCCUCGGUGCCGGAAGUCGAGGGCUCGAUCGGUCGCAUGACCAACAAGAGCGCCGACCCGGAGCAGCCCUUCUUCGACAACAUGGGGGACCGGAUGAAGAUGGUCGGGGGCAUCCGCCCGCUCCUGCCGGAGCAGUACUGGAAGACGUCCGGCUCGGUGAUCUGCGGCCCCGAGAUAUUGAGCCGCCCGUCGACGGGCGGGUUCCUGUCACACGGCGGUUGGAACUCGACGAGCCCACGUAGGUCUCCGAUCGCAACGUGGCCCUUCCUAGGUAAACGGUACUAUAACACUGACUCCCCAGGGGACCAUCUCAAGGUGGGGCACGUGGCGUCCAACGACAUGCCCAAGAGCGCGAUGGAUGACGAAUUCAAGGGGAUCAACGUGACAGUGGCCUCGGAAGCAUUCGCGAGUUUUCAAUUCGAUCUGAAACUUCAGCGUCGGAUUGGACGUUUACGGAUUGGAGCUUCAAUUUCCCGUCUCGCAAGGAGCAUGCGUUAAAGUCGAUAGUUUGAGACUGAGGAGUUGAGAGGAACUACGUUCAUCUAGUAAUUUUGCAACUAGAACUUUGCACAUUUUGUUCAAUAAACUUGAAUUUCUUUUCCCUACUUCACUGGAUGAUUUUAGUCUGAAUAUCCAAUAAACUUUUUACGGGUCUUGGUUGAAAUUGUUGCGAUCAUUAAAUAUGGAACCGUUAAGGGCCAAAAUUUGAACCAUACAAGAAUUAUCUGGAGGUA